AUGGCCUUCCAGCGGAUAUGCCUAAUCGGCGCCUCGGGCAACCUGGGCAGCCUGAUCCUCAAACACCUGCUGGCGUCUCCGCAGAAGUUCAAAGUCACAGCUCUGUCCCGCCAGUCGUCCACAGCGAGAUUCGCCGACGAGGUCGCCGUGGCGCGUGUGGCCGACAACUACCCGGUGACGGAGCUGACUGAGGUCUUCAAGGACGUGGAUGUGGUCGUGUCGGCCGUCUCCAUGAUGGGCAUGCAUGAACAGUACAAGUUCAUCGACGCCUGCCUGGCGGCGAAAGUGAAGCGCUAUUUCCCCACCGAGUUCGGCCUGGACGACCUGCCGGACUGGCUGCUCCAGCUGCGCGAGAUGUUCAAGAUCAAGCACGACGUGCGCGACUACCUAAUCUCCAAGGAGGACACGGGGCUCGAGUGGACCAGCAUCUGCUGCAACGCCUUCUUCGAGAUGGGUGUGGGUUCUGGGUUUUUCCAGCUGGACUGGAAGAGUAAGAAGGCCGUGCUGAUCGACGGUGGCGAGCCAAAGUUCGUCGCCACGACGUUAGACACGGUGGCGUUGGCGGUGGUCAAGGCCAUCGAGAAGCCCGAGGUGUCGAAGAACCGGAUCCUGCUGGUCCAGGACUUCACCACGAGCCAGAAGGAAAUCCUGGACGCCGUGCAGCAGAGAGUGCCUGGGUGGCAGGUCGAGAACGUCGAAUACGAAUCGUGGCUAGAGAAGGGGAAGGAGCAGGUCCGGAAUGGCGACAACAGCGCCCUGCCGAAGUUGACCUUUGGCACGUUCGCGCAGGGAAACCAGUACGAGGGGAGGCCCGAGUAUGGAAAUCAGGUGCUCGGUCUGCCGACCAAGUCGUUCUCGGAAGCCAUGAACAUGUUCUGGAAGGAGUACGAGACUCGUCAGAAAGCCUAG